ACAAUCAAUACUAAUUUAACUCCGUGCAAUAUCUUUUCUCAUCAAUCUCCUCCGUCUCCACAAAUCUCCUCCUCGUCAAACUCCGUGUCGUCACUAAAAAUCCGAAACCAAUGUCGACGGUGAGGAAAAUCACUCUAAAGAGCUCCGAUGGCGAAAACUUCGAAAUUGACGAAGCGGUGGCGCUAGAGUCACAAACCAUCAAGCAUAUGAUUGAAGAUGACUGUGCUGAUAACGGUAUCCCUCUCCCAAAUGUCACCAGCAAGAUCCUUUCCAAGGUGAUUGAGUACUGCAAAAAGCAUGUCGAAGCUGCUGCCAAAUCCGAAACCGCCGUUUCUACUGCUGCUACUACUACCGUCGCGUCUGGUUCUAGUGAUGAGGAUCUGAAGACUUGGGAUUCUGAGUUUAUAAAAGUUGACCAGGGCACUCUCUUCGAUCUCAUCCUGGCUGCUAACUACCUAAAUAUCAAGGGGUUGUUGGACUUGACCUGCCAGACAGUAGCUGAUAUGAUUAAAGGGAAAACCCCAGAUGAAAUCCGCAAGACGUUCAACAUUAAGAACGACUUCACGCCAGAGGAAGAAGAAGAGGUUCGUCGUGAGAAUCAGUGGGCGUUUGAAUGAAUACAGAUGAAGACCUGGUUACUGUCUCAUCCUCGACCCAUUGUGUCUCCCUGUCUUAUCUUAUGACUUUGACUAUAUAUAUCUAUUCUCUUCUCUGUGUUGGUCCAGCUAUGACAUUGGGUCGGAUAUUAUGCUAUGAAUGUUAAUUAAAUUGAAUACUUAACUACCAAACA